ACAUGACGAUAAUGGUACAGUCCACCCCGCUGUCAACUUGAAAUUGUACAUUUCAAGGGCAGUUACCAGCGUUGUCUAGCCACGUCUGUUCACUCAUUCAACGACAUCACGAACAUGCUGUGCAGAGCGGGGCAAAUACGCAGGUGUGCAGCCAGCCUCAGCCAAACUAUAAACCAGGUAGCUGCAUCGAGGCAGAAGCACACUCUUCCUGACCUGCCCUACGACUAUGGCGCGCUGGAGCCCCACAUCAAUGCAGAGAUAAUGCAGCUGCACCACAGCAAGCAUCACGCCACAUAUGUCAACAACCUAAACGUUACAGAGGAGAAAUAUAAGGAGGCACUCGCAAAGGGAGAUGUGACAGCACAGAUUGCUCUCCAGCCUGCACUGAAGUUCAAUGGAGGAGGUCACAUUAACCACUCUAUCUUCUGGACUAACCUCUCUCCGAAUGGUGGAGGAGAACCACAAGGGGAGCUAAUGGAGGCCAUCAAGCGGGACUUUGGCUCCUUCCAGAAGAUGCAAGAGAAGAUGUCUGCUGCUGCAGUGGCAGUGCAGGGCUCAGGCUGGGGAUGGCUGGGUUAUGAGAAGGAGAGUGGAAGACUUCGCAUUGCUGCUUGUGCUAACCAGGAUCCUCUGCAAGGGACAACAGGUCUCAUUCCUCUCCUUGGUAUCGAUGUGUGGGAGCACGCCUACUACCUUCAGUACAAGAAUGUGCGGCCUGACUAUGUUAAGGCUAUCUGGAAUAUAAUCAACUGGGAAAAUGUGACCGAGCGUCUCCAGACUGCCAAAAAGUAGAAGCUAAUGCCCAAAUAUCCACUACAAUCCCUUUCCUCCUGACCUGGAUCAAACAGUAGUUGCAGAUAAUUUUCAGUUUAACCUGGAUUGAGUGUCUUGAGAGUUAACAUGCUUUUUAAAAAUUAGCUUGAGACAGUUCAAACUUGUCCUUGAAACACAGUCUCUGUUUGUGCAGAUUAUACAGCCUUGAUGAGGGACAUUGAGUUUGAAUCAAACAUGCAAGUUAUUUGCAAGUGCUUUUUAUCUCAGGUCUGCUCCCUACCACCAGACUUUGUUCAAAGCGCACAAAAAAUGGCCACUUUUAGCAUCAAAGCUGGCUUUUGUUUUUCACACCCGCAAAAUGGGUGCCAUACUAAACUGUCAGAUAACCAGAGUGAAUAUUCAGUGAGCUGGAUCAGAUCAAAUUAGACUAAAAUCAGACAAUUUUAUGGCAAUCUGUGUUUUUGAUGCAUUAUAAUAAAAUAAGACUUCAAUUGUGCAA